CAUGUUUUUCUAUAUUCACUGGCACCAUGCGUGUGAACCAAGUGCAAUAUCUAUAUGUGAAUAUAAACCUAAGUUCAUUACAACCUUAGCCCUCUUUUACCUCAGAAAAUGUCUCAAUUGGACCUGAGUGGGUGCAAGAAGAGGAAGAGGGGAGAAAGGGUGUUCAAGUUCAAGGUGUUCGGAGAAAGAGGCUACCCGGCGGAGUUGAACGGCUUGACGUUUCAAGAGAAUGUGAGAGCCCUUUUGGAGUAUGGGCAGGUGGAGAGUGGUGUGUGUGGGGAGAUGGCGAGCUGGUCGUUUCAGCUGGAGGUUCGUCGCCAUCCGUUGCUGCAUUUGUUUCUGUUUGUUGUGGAAGAGCCCAUUGAGCUGUCGCUUGAGCUGCGUUGCAAGCAUUGUCAGUAUAUAGGCUGGGGGCACCACAUGAUCUGCAAUAAGAAGUACCAUUUCCUGCUGCCAUCCAAGUCUGGUUCAGCUGAAUAUUGUAAGUCCAAUGUGAUUGAAUUGCAGGGAGAGGGUCACAGCCUGCAUGGUGUCUUCCACUCUAAUGGCUUUGGUCAUUUGCUCUGCAUCAAUGGGUCUGAAUCUGGGUCAGACUUGCCUGGUUACCAAAUCAUGGAGUUUUGGGAUCGUCUCUGCUCGGGGUUGGGAGCCAGGAAAAUGAGCUUGAAAGAUGUUGCAAAGAAGAAAGGCAUGGAUCUAAGGUUGCUCCAUGCAGUAGCCUAUGGCAAACCAUGGUUCGGCCAUUGGGACUACACGUUCGGGCGUGGAAGCUAUGGAGUUAGCCAAGAAAUGUACCAAAAUGCUGUAAAAGCCAUCCAAAACAUUCCCUUAAGCCUGAUAGCCCAUCAACCUGGAUAUCAAAGUUUUCAACAAAAUGACAUCCAAAUUCUAUUGCCUAGGUACCAACUCUUGUCGGGACACUCCUUGAUCACCGUAGGCGACCUGUUCCAUUUCAUGUUGGAGCUCAAAUUCCGAAUCCCCAAAGAGUGCAGCAGCAUUGGUUCUAACUAUCCAGGAAUCAUGUCGGAUGCAUCGUGCAGAUGGUCUCCCAAGCGCGUUGAGAUGGCCAUUCAUGUGGUCGUUGAGGCCUUGAAACGAGCUGAGUACCGUUGGGUGUCUAGACAACAUGUACGUGAUGUAGCACGUGCUUACAUUGGCGACACGGGCUUGCUGGAUUUCGUGCUCAAGUCAUUAGGGAACCACAUGGUGGGGAAAUACUUCGUGCGUAGGUGCCUGAAUCCGGUCACCAAAGUGUUGGAGUAUUGCUUGGAGGACGUCUCCCGGCCGUUCCCCAAGCAAGAAGCAGCUUUCCCAAUUAGUGAACCAAGAUUGAAACCUCAGCAGACGAUCUCUCGGGCACAACUCGUCAAGGACAUGUUCUGCAUGUACAAAAACAUCCUCGGAAACCAUAAUGUGAUAACCAACACUCGAGUGCUAGGUACAAUUCCGAUGGCUGCAAGAGUCAUUCUUGAUUCCAAGCACCUCGUUAAAGAGUACUAUUCUGGCGAGACGUCAAAGAAUUAUGAAACAAACAAGCAAACCAUAUACUGCUCCGUUAUCUUAGCGAACGGCGGGACAUCAACAGGGCCGGACGAGGUAGCAACACCGUACCAUCGUUUCGUGUUGAGAAACAAUGCAGCAUUCGACGAGCUGAGGUGUGAAGUGGAGAAGACGUUCAGAGAAAUUUAUUUCGGACUGAGGAACUUUAUAGCAGAAUCAGUGAGAAACAUGAACUUCAAGGGGUCGGACUUGGUGUUUAAGACGGUUAAACCGGGCAGUAAAAUCGCAUUUGAGGGGAAGCAAGAAGGCACCUACGGUGUGAUAUGUGAAGGGCUAAUGGCUGUGGACUGCGUUUGCGGUGCUAAGGACGACGACGACGGUGAGAGGAUGGUGAGCUGUGAUGUAUGUCAAGUUUGGCAGCACACUCGGUGUGUGCAAGUGCCUGAGGACGAUGAAAUUCCUAAUGUGUUUGUGUGCAGCGCUUGCGAGAAACAUAUCUUGAGUUUCCGCUCUUUACCUUAGUGUAUGUUUCUAUGUUGUUAUGAUCACUUUUGGAUUGGCAUUAAAGUAUGUACGAUGUUUAUGUUUAGUUCUUGAAUGGUGAUUUUUAACGAGAAUGCGGUUGAUCUAAAGCUUUUUUACAUGAAUCAGGUAUUAAGAAACUAGGCUCAUUAUGUAUGUAUUUGUUCUUGGUACGUUUCUGAGAUGGUCCAAUGGGGAAAG